AUGCGGCAGCUGUGCCGGGGCCGCGUGCUGGGCAUCUCGGUAGCCAUCGCGCACGGGGUCUUCUCGGGCUCCCUCAACAUCCUGCUCAAGUUCCUCAUCAGCCGCUACCAGUUUUCCUUCCUGACCCUGGUGCAGUGCCUGACCAGCUCCACGGCGGCGCUGAGCCUGGAGCUGCUGCGGCGCCUCGGGCUCAUCGCCGUGCCCCCCUUCGGCCUGAGUCUGGCGCGCUCCUUCGCGGGGGUCGCAGUGCUCUCCACGCUGCAGUCCAGCCUCACGCUCUGGUCCCUGCGCGGUCUCAGCCUGCCCAUGUACGUGGUCUUCAAGCGCUGCCUGCCCCUGGUCACCAUGCUCAUCGGCGUCCUGGUGCUCAAGAACGGCGCGCCCUCGCUCGGGGUGCUCGUGGCCGUGCUCAUCACCACCUGCGGCGCCGCCCUGGCAGGAGCCGGCGACCUGACUGGAGACCCCAUCGGCUACGUGACCGGUGUGCUGGCGGUACUGGUGCACGCCGCCUACCUGGUGCUCAUUCAGAAGGCCAGCGCCGACACCGAGCACGGGCCGCUCACCGCGCAGUAUGUCAUCGCGGUCUCCGCCACCCCGCUGCUGGUCAUCUGUUCCUUCGCCAGCACCGACUCCAUCCACGCCUGGACCUUUCCCGGCUGGAAGGACCCGGCCAUGGUCUGCAUCUUUGUGGCCUGCAUCCUGAUCGGCUGCGCCAUGAACUUCACCACGCUGCACUGCACCUACAUCAACUCGGCGGUGACCACCAGCUUCGUGGGCGUGGUGAAGAGCAUCGCCACCAUCACGGUGGGCAUGGUGGCCUUCAGCGACGUGGAGCCCACCUCUCUAUUCAUUGCCGGCGUGGUGGUGAACACCCUGGGCUCCAUCAUUUACUGUGUGGCCAAGUUCGUGGAGACCAGAAAGCAGAGCAACUAUGAAGACCUGGAGUCGCAGCCUGGGGGCCAGGAGGCCCCGCCAAGUGGAGACCAGCUGCCGUUUGUCAUGGAAGAGCUGCCUGGGGAGAGUGGGAAUGGCGGGUCUGAAGGUGGGGAGGCAGCAGGUGGCUCUGAGCUGCAGAGUGAGCAGGAGGCAAGGAGCAGCUCCAGAGGGGCUCCCCUGGUGGCUAGCGGUUCACAGGUGGCAGGCAGCACGAUAGAAGGGGCCAGGAGGUCCUUAAAGGACACGUACCUCGAAGUGUGGAGGUUAGUCAGGGGGACCAAGUAUAUGAAGAAGGAUUAUUUGAUAGAAAACGAGGAGUUACCCAGUCCUUGAAGAGGAAAUGCAUGGAUGUAAAUAUGUACAUACACUUAUUUUAUAUGCCAGAAAUAUUUUAACGGGGCCUCCUGUUGGGUGUACUCUUUGAGGAGUGGGGAAGGGAAGUGAGAGACGCUGAGAGGGACGGGA